AUGGAUCCAACCGAGGAUAAAACUAUCUUGCUGGACCACAAGCACAUUUAUGCUCGAGGCACCCGCCUCAUUCUCAGCCCUCACAAGCCGCUUCGCCCUUACGGCUCAAACCUGUACCCGAUCCCAGAAGGGAUGACAGAGGAAGACAUGAUGUUGCCUCGGGAGGAGGAGACGUACUCGCUACGCCAACAGGUUUUCGACCGCAGAAAUGCGCCUCGGAAAAGUAAGAACUAUCGGCAUGACAAGGAUGCCGAAAUGGAGGUUACUAUUGUAGACAUGAUUGUCGGUAGCCCGGGUCCCGGCUACCGCCCUGGUUCUCAGAAGCUCUUGUGCCGCGUCAGUAAAGCACCAUCUACCUCCCCAAGCAAGCAAGAGCAGGAGAUGCCAUCCACAGGGCAGUACCUUUUCCUAAAGGUUUACGAUGCCUUGUUCUGGCACAAGCACCUUGAAAUCACUGAGCGUAACAUCAAAGUUACAAUCCUUGCCGACUCGGCCUUUAGUGACGAGUUUGGAGUUUAUCACUUUCUCCACCAAAAAGGGCUUACUGGAUUCGACCACAGACGCACUGGAUACGCCGCUAUCGCUUCGCGGUUCUAUGGAGGGUGGAAAACCAGUGUUACGAGUCUGAGUGACGAAUUCUCAAAGAAAUCCCGACAAGUUGCUAUUCUUGCACUCGAGUAUGUUGACGGCGUCUCUCUGGCAUAUCUGUUCAAGGCUUCUGGCCCUUCGCAGCGAACAGUCACGCUCUAUCAAGACAAACCACCGACGAGAAGCUUUCACACCAACCAAGAUCAGCGCAUGCAGAUUGUUGCUCAGCUUUUGAAUGGCAUUGUCUCACAGGAGUACCUCGGUCUUGAUGGUGCCGAGCUCCACCCAGAGAAGGUCAUCAUCACGAUGAAAAGCUUGGACAAAUAUCUGUCAAAACCACGGGCAGUUCUUGUUGGCUAUAGACAGGCAAUCCUUGACAAAUUACGGACAGAGCCCGCCCAGGCGUGGGCGGAAUUCGACAAGAAACUUCACCCAAUCACACGAUUCUCGUGGGAGAUUUUGGAAGACUUUGAAGGAUGGAUUCCUGCCAAGUGGAAACCCCCUGAAGACGACCCGGACGACACUCCAGAUCUAGAUUACUGGUUUGUUACAACAUUCGGCACUAUAAAGCGAACCAACCCUGAUUAUGCAGCCUUUACCCGCAGGAAGCCGCGUGCUGUUGCCAUGCCUGAGGAAACAAGCACUGCGUCCGGGAACACUGGCGCCGAGAUGAAGGAAGAGCCCUAG